AUGCCAGACAAACUCGACAUCCAAGGCCUCCUCAUGGAAUCGAAAGCCGAAUACAAGCAAUUGGGUAAGAGUGGGCUGAGGGUCUCUGUGCCAAUUUUGGGUGCUAUGUCUAUCGGUUCGUCCAAGUGGCAACCUUGGGUAAUUGAAGAGGAGGAGGCGCUUCCGCUUUUGAAGGCUGCGUGGGAUCGCGGCUUGACGACUUGGGACACUGCCAAUGUAUACUCCAACGGCGUCUCGGAAGAACUUGUCGGCAAAGCAAUCAAGAAGUACAAUCUGCCUCGAGAGAAACUCGUCAUACUGACAAAGUGCUUUGCAUACGUGGGUGAAGACCCUGGCCUUAGGACGAUCAACUACGCGGAGGAGUUGCCGCAACUCAAGGACUACACGAACCAGGGUGGGCUGUCGCGCCAGGCGAUAUUCAAUGCGGUCAACUCGUCGCUGAAGCGUCUGGAUAUGGAAUACAUUGAUCUUCUACAAAUCCACCGAUUUGAUCCACACACGCCAGUGGAAGAGACUAUGGAGGCACUGCAUGAUUUGAUCAAGAGUGGGAAGGUCAGGUACAUUGGUGCAAGUUCCAUGUGGGCUGUGCAGUUUGCCCAGAUGCAAUUCACAGCGGAGAAGCAUGGAUGGACAAAAUUCAUCAGCAUGCAGAACCAUUACAACUUGCUGUACCGUGAGGAGGAACGGGAGAUGAACCGAUUCUGCAAUGAUACUGGGGUUGGCCUGAUUCCGUGGGCACCGUUAUGUCGCGGCCAUCUUGCGCGUCCCCCUUCGGCCUUUGGCAGCACGACACGUUCGGAAGGCGAGCAAAAGGCAGGCCAGCAAACUUCGGGCACGACGGCGAUUGACAAGAAGAUCAUCGGGCGCGUUGAAGAGAUGGCACAGAAGCAUGGCUGGAAGAUGAGCCAUGUGGCUCUUGCCUGGAUCAACAAGCGAGUCUCCAGCCCGAUCAUCGGCUUCUCGAGUGUCGAGAGGAUGGACGAGGCGCUGGCGGCGAGGGGUAAGACCUUGACCGAGGAGGAGGAGCAGUAUCUCGAGGAGCUGUAUGAACCCGUGAAGGUUGUUGGCCAUUCCUAG